CAUUGUUAUUGAACCCUAUUUCUAUAAUUUAAAAAGCCUUUCCUCCGUUAAUAGUUAAUAACCAAAAAUCCCAUAUGGCCUUGCCUAUCAUCUCUUUACCUUUGCUAAUACUUUUCUUGUAUUCUGUUAGUAAUCAAGCUCAAUCCGAUGAAUUCAUUUUCAAUGGGUUCAUUGGAAAAGAUAAUGAUCUUCUUCUUGAUAGGGCUUCCAUUUUCAAGCCUACUGGUGCUUUGAGGCUAACUAACAAAACAGCAAAUGCCAUAGGACAUGCAUUCUAUCACAAACCAAUACAAAUGUUUACUCAAACAUCACCAAACGCUUCUUCUUUCAACACAUCUUUUAUUUUCUCAAUAGUUCCUCCGGCUUCCGGCCGCCAAGGUGGCUUCGGCCUCGCCUUCACCCUCUCUCCGACACACGAAAUCGCCGGAGCUUCCCCCGGUCAUUAUCUCGGUCUUUUCAAUGAGUCCAACGACGGGAAAAGCUCAAACCAUAUUCUCGCAGUCGAAUUUGAUACAGUCAAUGGACACAGAGAAAUUACAGAUAGAGACGGAAACCAUGUCGGAAUCAACAUUAACGGCAUGUCAUCAGACGCAUCCAGAUCAGCUGGUUACACUAUAAACGACACGAUGAAACAAGAAGAUUUAGAUUUACAUGAAGGCAAACCUAUUCAAGCUUGGAUAGAGUACGACGCCCUAAAUACAACUAUAAAAGUAACAAUAUGUCCGAUGUGGCUACCAAAGCCACGUACACCGCUCAUUGCCUAUCCUCUUGAUCUAACUAAAUAUGUUAAGGAGGAAAUGUAUGUGGGUUUUUCUGCUUCCACAGGGGAUUAUAAAGCAAGCUCUCAUUAUAUUUUGGGUUGGAGUUUUUCGACAACAGGAGCACCACCUGAACUGAAUCUUUCUCUGAUUCCGAUUCCCCCAGUCGACAAAGAUUCCAAAUCUUUCCAGCUUGCUCUUAUUGCACUUAUCGUGGCCUUAUGCUUUGUGACAGUUCUUCUAUUUGGGAUUCUGUUUUUCAUAACGGUUUACAAGAGAAGAAUUGGUGGGUUUGAGAAUCUUGAGGAUUGGGAAUUGGAGUGUCCUCAUAGAUUUCGCUAUAGUGAUUUGCAUGCAGCAACUAAAGGGUUUAAAGACAGUGAGAUAAUUGGGGCUGGAGGAUUUGGUAUUGUUUAUAAAGCAGUGAUGCAUAGCACAGGAAAUGAAGUUGCUGUAAAGAAAAUCACCAGAAAUUCAUUUCACGGACUGAAAGAAUUUGCAGCAGAAAUUGAAAGCCUCGGACGAUUAAGGCAUAAGCAUUUAGUUAAUCUUCAAGGAUGGUGCAAGAAGAAAAAUGAUUUGCUUCUUGUAUAUGACUACAUUCCCAAUGGAAGCCUCGAGUCCCUUUUGUUUAACCGUAAAAGCGAUGUCGUUUUAAGUUGGGAACAAAGGUUCAACAUUGUCAAAGGCAUUGCUGCUGGGCUUUUGUAUUUACAUGAAGAAUGGGAGCAAAUAGUGAUACACAGGGAUAUUAAGUCCAGUAAUGUGUUAAUAGAUGGAGAAAUGAAUGGAAGAUUAGGGGAUUUUGGUCUUGCAAGAUUAUACGACCAUGGCGUAAACUCACACACAACGGAAGUUGUAGGAACAGUUGGGUAUAUAGCGCCUGAAUUGGCAAGAACCGGUAAGGCUUCAACAAGUUCAGAUGUGUUUGCUUAUGGGAUUCUUCUUCUUGAAGUGGUUACAGGUCGAAGACCUAUUGGGUCAAACCAAUUUAUAUUGGCAGAUUGGGUAUUAGAAAGCCAACAAAUGGGGAGAAUUCUUGAUGUGGUUGAUCUAAAGUUGGAUUUUAAUUAUGUGAUUGAAGAAAUAGAAUUGGUUUUGAAACUGGGUCUUCUUUGUUCUCAUCAGAAAGUGGAAUCUAGACCUAGUACCAGACAAGUUGUAAGGUAUCUUAAUAGAGAAGAGAGACUUCCUUUAAUAGAAGAUUGGGGUUCCGUUGAUUUUAAUAGAAUAAGUGAAAGGAAAACUGCAAGAUUAUUGCAAGUUAGUUCUUGUGAACUGACAAGCAUAUCUUGUACGUACUUGUCUACCAGUUCUAUAGAUGCAGGCACAGGCAGAUAGUAAUUUUGUAAUUUUAGUAUAGUUCUUGAUUUUCUUUUAUUAGUUUUUUUAUAGUAAUUACUUUUUUUUUUUUUUUUUUUUGGUUCCGCUUAAUUGGGAUAUGUAUAAUAGUACAACAUAGGGUUUUAGCUUCUAAUUAUACACUUGCAUGUUAAUUUGUUGUU